GUAAGAUCCUGAAGAAUUAGUCCACAAUGAGAAACAUUGUAGUAUUCCUUUUGAUGUCUUAUUUUGCUUAUGGAACCUGCAAUCUUACUCCGGAACAAAAAAAGACUGUGAUAGAAGUCCAACAGAACUGUUUGAAAAAAACUGGAGCAACAGCAGAGAUGGUUCUAGAUGCGUUUGCUGGCAAAUUUACUGACGCUCCCGAAUUUAAAAAACAACUGGUUUGUGUCAAGAUGGAACAAGGAGUAAUCGACGAAGCCGGAGCAUACCACAAAGAUAUUCUGAAAGAGCAUAUGCUGAAACUUCUGCCUGAUGAAGCUACCAUAGAUUCUAUGCUGGAAAAGUGUUAUGUUGUUCAAGAAGAUCUAGAACAAACUGCUUAUGAUAUGAUCAAAUGUUUCCAUAAAGUGAAGAGUAGUUAGGAAGAGAACCGAAUUUUUCAUUUCUAUGGUACUUUCUUAUA